CAAACAGUAACUCUGUCGCUAGGCUUCCCGAGCGCUUCUGCAACAUCGACGCGGGGUGCGUCACCCAGUGACGUCGACCCACGGCGCAUGUAAAACAGUUACGCGCUAGGCCAGUGUGUGUGUGGAGUUGCGUUUCAGAGGCACUCCGGAGUCAAAACAAUAGCUGAAAAAGUGCAGAGCCACGGAGUCCGGCCAGCGGAGCCUUGACCCGAGCCCGUGACGAGUGAAGUGUGCAGCUGGCGCAAUAGGCCGCGCUAUGAGCCCCACUGCGGGGCAGGUGACUCCGUGAAGUUAUAGGUACCCGCAGGACUGCAGCAGGAUCAGCGUUCAGUUCAAUGGGUUCAUGUCUUGGCAGCUGCGCUACCGCCACAGCUGUCGCCUCCAACUCCAACUCCACUACCCCCUCGAGCUCCUCGGCGUCCUCCUCUUCCACAGCCUCUUCCGCAUCCUGCGUGACCAAUAUCUGCCGCUGGCAUCGCGGAAGGCCCGGGGCCUUGGCCAGGGAAAGUGUUAAGGCAGACAGACACGGCCAAGAGCUGAUUUCGACUGCAAGCAGUCAACGCUGCCAGAAUCACGGCCUUUUCUACCGCAUUCUGAGGUCCCGACGUAGGCGGCAUUGCCCUCAAUUUCUGGACAAGUACUGGGAGCAGCAGCCCAGCUACGCCAAGCUGCAGAGUAACAGCGCCAUGCCAGACAUUCAAAUGCAGAACCUAGACGCCUGUAAGCUGCUCAAUGCACAGGCCACGACCAGCAGGGAGACAGAGAUGGGACACGGAACCUACCACCGCAUGUCCACCUCACGGGCCAGCUCCUCGUUGGAUCUCGAGUGGGAGCACGAGUACUCGCAACUGCGCCAGUACCAGCUCCAGCAGAAGGAGCCACCCCCAACUUCGCAUAAUCCGCGCUACGUCUCCCUCGAACAGCUGGCGACCGUAGCCACUAUGGCGAGCAUCCAUGGGCGACAAGUGGCGCGACAUGGGCGGAUGGGCAGUCAGCGGCACGGCGGCUCAUUCACGCGCACCUCCUUGUGUUCGUCGACGCAGAACUCCUGGUCGCACAUCUCAACACCGGAGUCUCUGGAAUGGGACGUGGACGAGGAGCGAGAGCAGCAGCGUCAGUUGCGUUUGGAGGACGACAAUCUGGACGACGAGACCCUCAAACUGCUGUAUGAGAUCGAGCAGCUGAAGCAUCAUGUGCUGCAGGAAACUGGCGAAGGACUGAGCAUGAGAGCGGUGGCUGUUGAGGAGCUGACCGAAGGCCUUCAAUUCCGAGCCACUCACUUCGGGGGCGAUGCUGAAGUGGAAGCCCGCUUGAGUUGAUUGGCCGAAGGGAGAGGAGGGAGAUGUACAUAGGAUUGUUCUAAGAGGUAUUAAGAAGGUGUGCGGCGGGAGAAAAGAGUGCAAAAUGUCCCAUAUACCAAGCUCGUUUGGCAAGUUUUGGAUUCAAAACCAAUUUGUUGUUUUAGAACUCUGUGAAUGAAACUAGGAAUUUUAUAGAAUCUAUUAUUUAAAAUUGGAACAAAUCAGUUUUUUAAGGUAAUUGCAGCAACAUUUAAGAAAUUAUUGUUUCUUACGAUACGUAUAAAAAGCAUCCUUAGCCUUAGUUUGGGGGAAAUCACAUUUCUAUUUAUAUUCAAUUUAUAGGCAAUCUGCCUAAAUUUGCUUACCUUUUUUAUUCAAGAUAAAUAAACUUACCUUUGGCAGCCUACCUAAGAUAAUUAAUAUAGUAUCUGAAAAAUGUAAA